AGUCGAUUGUCAACCGUAAUUUAUGAGUAAGGUAGUUCUUGUCUCACCUCAUUCGUGCAGUAUCACACAGGGGAUUACAGAUACAGCAAUGGCGGGGGUUGCGAGAAUUCUCUCCAAGUAUUUUCCAAAAGGAAUGAGAUAUCGAAGUUUUACCCAGAAAGCGGUUAAUUUGAAAAAGACUCCGCAGGACUAUCCGGCUUUAACUGGAUCAGAACAUUGGCGACGCAAAAUCCGUACUUUGUUCAGAGCAAGAGAUAUAGACGGCGAUGGAUAUCUCACCAAAAAAGAUUAUGAAAUGAAUGUUCAUCGUGUCUCCAGUUAUAUGAACCUUAAUGAAAACCAGGCAAAAGAUUUAAUGAAAUGGAAAAUGUUCGUGUGGGAAACACUUUCUAGAAGCACAGAAGCUUCAGCUGACUUCCACUUGCCUGAAGACGACUUCGUGUCCAACAUGCUUGCUGCCUACCCUAUCAUAGUAGAGACGAUCGUGGAUGUCGCCAGUUGUGACUUCGACACCGUAGAUGUUGAUGGCGACGGCUUCAUCUCCCCACAGGAACACAAGGCGUGUUUCUACGGGUUUGGGAUCCCUCUCAAGCACUCCACGGAUGUAUUCAAAGUUCUGGACACCGACAGCGAUGGUAAGAUAAGCAGAGAAGAUUUUGUUCAAGGUUUUGUGGACUUCUUUUUAAGUGAAGAUGAAAACAGUCCACAUGCUUGUUUCUUCGGGCCACUUAUAUGAUAGAAGGAAAAGAAGCAGGGAAGCCAUUACCUUUGUUUCUUUGGAACAUUUGCUCAACAGUUUAAUUUGAUAAUCUUAUAUUGGUAACGCGUAUACAUUUGUGAUAAUAUUUUGUUUCAUUUAAUUACAGUAUGGGUUCUGAUAAUCUUUUAAAUGUAACGUGCAGGCUCUUAGCCAUCA